AUGCCACGUCAAUACAAAAGGAGGGAAGGAGCCAAGAAAAGAACACUAGUCGACAGCCAGAGGUUAAAAGAAGCUGUUUUAGACGUUAUUAAUAACGGUACGUUUCUCAAAGGAACUUCAAGUCGUUUUCAAAUAAAUGUUAUGACAUUAAAAAGAUACGUUCGCAGACAACGAUCCGAAAAUGUUGAAAUACCCUUCUCUCCUGAUUAAAAGAAGGCUCAAAUAUUAACAAAUGCAGAGGAAAAUAUGUUUAAAAAUUAUUUAGAUGUUGCCAGUAAAUUACACCCUGGCCUUGCAAGAAAACAAGCAAAAGAACUGGUGUAUGAGUUUGCCGUAAGAAAUGGUAAAAAAAUACCUACUUCAUGGAAUAACCAUAAGCAAGCCAGUUACGACUGGUUAUACAGAUUUCUGAAGAGGAUGAAGACCUUAUCACUAUGCUCUCCGGAAGCAACUAGUCUUUCUAGAGCAACUAGUUUCAACAGAAAUAAUGUAUCAAAAUUUUUCGGAAAUUUAAAGACAGUUCUUGAAAACCAUAGAAUUGGACCAGAAGCAAUUUGGAGCGUGGACGAAACUGUCCAUAAUCCAAAGAAGAUCAGUGCAUGCAAAGGUGGAAAGCACGUUGGUAAAGUUACGUCAGGGAACGUGGAGCAACAGUAACUGUUUGUUGUGCAAUCAAUGCAAUUGGAAACCAUAUGCCACCUUUUAUUGUUUUCCCUCGAAAACCAUAAAAAGUGGCAUAUGGU